AUGAAAGAUGAAAUUGCUGCCACAGUCUUUUUCAUCACAAGGCUGGUGAAGAAGCAAGACAAACUGAGCAAGCUCAAAACUGAGAAAUUUGCAGCUAAGCUGACAACAAUACUGUUUGAAAAGUAUAAGAACCACUGGUACCUAGACAACCCAUCUAGGGGACAAGCCUUCAGGUGUAUACGGAUAAACAAACAUCAGACAAGAGAUCCUGUACUGGAACAAGCUUGUUAUGACAGUAAUGUGGAUUUUGAUAACCUUGGCUUGCCAAGAGAGAUCACCAUAUGGGUUGAUCCAUUUGACGUGUGCUGCAGGUAUGGUGAGAAGAAUCUGCCUUUCACGGUCGUUCACUUUGAAGGUUCUGAGGACGACCGAGAACUCUCUCAACGCAUCAGCCAUGCUGUUGACAAAGCAACCUCAGAUUAUCAUUCUGGCACCUCCUCAGAUGAGGAGGGCUAUACCAAGGAAGCUAAAGCUAUCCCUACGGUCAGCAACCCAAACAGUGUCUAUCAGUUCAGUGACUACUGCAAGCUGCCCAUUCAGCCAUGGUCUCGGUACCCUCACAAGAAGAGCUACACAACCAAUGGACUUCAUCAGGCGACUGUUUACUAUCCCCAGCACAAGGGCUUCAAAUGCUACUGGCCAACAGCUGCUUUUUCUGGACCUCGUAUGGAUCGAUAUCAUUGGGUGAAUACCAACCGAUAG